UCGUGCUAUUUGUACUAUUACAAUUAAAGAAAACGACGUCUUUCUAACAUGGUAUUUCGAAAUAAAUUGCAUUCGAGAAUUUCGAUAAACUUUCUAUAAGUUUGAACUCGUGGACCCCGAAAACGUAUUGGAUUUUUUUCACAGCAUUAAAUUUUUAGGAUGAUUCUUAUAGUAAAUGAAAAUUAAUUUGAAAAAAUAACAAACAAUAUAAAUCUGUUCUUUGUUUAUUUUCCUAGGAUUUUGUAUAUUUAUAUCAAAUGAAACAAAUUAAAAUGACAUUGAAACAACACCUAAUACAAUUUAUGAAAAAAGUCUUUUAUCAUGCUUCUAAUAAUCAACCAUAUUCAAUUGCAUUCAUAGAUUCUCUAUCAAUAUAUUUUGAUACAAUAUAAAAUUAUGUUGAAUUAGCAUGUCAAUUUUCAACAGGUGAUAUACGUGAUUUAUUACGUUUUAUAAUAUUUAUAUCAGAAAUAAUUUAUAUAAAUAUGUUUCAAAAAAAAAAUCAUUUAUUAGUUGUGAAAUAGAUCAAAUAAUAUCAUGUUGUACAUUAUCGAAAACACUAUUAUGAAUAUUUGAAUAUCUUUAUCAACGACAUGGUUUAACUAUAUCAAAUAUAUUAUAAUCAUAUUUAAAUUUAAUUGAACCAGAUAAAAGAUCAUCUUUAUUAUUUAACAAAAAAAAAUUAAAUAUAUAUAUAUCAUAUAUUUAUUGACAUGAUUUAUAUUGUAUAGUCAUAUUAUUAUUUUGUUUACCAAUAUUUAUAUGAAGACAAUUUUGGAGUUGGUUGAUUAUUAAGAAUACAAUUUCAAGAAAUAUAGGCUUCAUUUUUAGCUUCAAUUAAUUCACCACAAAACAAUCUAAUGAUGAAAAUAAACAAACAACAAAUAAUUUUAAAAAAAAAAGAAGAAACUUUAGAAACAAAUGCAACACAAGGAUAACAAGAUUGAAAAAUAAACUAGAUUUUAUCUGUUCUUUUUUUAUCAAUAUUAGAUACAAGUUCAAAUAAUUUAUUUACAAAUAUUGAACGAUUAAGUACACGUGAUUUAUUAUCCUAUGGACAACUUUCAUAUGAUACUAUAUUAACAUCAAUCCAAAGUAAUAAUACAUUACCAUUAUCAGUUAAUAGUUUAUUUGAUCGAUUAUUUUUUCAUCAUGGUUUUGAUUUAACAUUAUCAUUACAAAUUCUAAUUGAAAUAUAUGUAAUAUAA